CCGACUUGCACCUGCAGGAGGAGGGCCUGCGCUACUGUCACUUGAGAUGGGCUAAGCAGAAAGGAGGAAGCAGCCAUGUGCAGAACAGGGAUCAGGUCAUCAGGAGGGUAGUGAGCGACAGGGGGUCGUCCCUCCUUCACCAACGAAUGAACAUUGGCCUCUCUCAUGCAUUCGCCCACUCUCAGGCACGACGAGGGGUGUUGAGUGAGCCUGACAGCAGGGCCAAUCCAUGUCUCUCAUGGCCGUUUUGCCCGAUCAACAACUACAAAAACAUCCCGCUUCCCUUCAGGGCCAACCCGGCGUCGGCACGGCACAGACUGUUCAGGGCUUCCCUGUUCAACCUCUGCAUUAUUCCGAAGAAAAAUCGCCCAUUGUCUGGAUCCUUGGCCUCGCCUUGCCUUGGUCCUUGGGCUGUCAUCGUCGUCGCCGCCGUCGCCUCCGUCCCUCCUCUCCAGGCUCCUCUCUUUUCGACCGCAUGCGUCGACCUGCAGGCCAACAGCUGAAAAACAUGUGUUCCAAUCAAAGAAACCCCGACAGAAUGCAGUCAAGUCGCUUGCCAGAACCAGCCGCCCUCGCCGCCGCCUUCAAGUCUUCCACCUUCAAUGCGUUCCAUUCUUUAUCAAACCAUCGCUCUACCCGCCUUGCCAAACUCCCUCGCCUCCUCAACCUGCAAACCGAUCCUGCACUCUCCAGACUCGACUCCGCCUUGGCUGCCCCUUUGGCCUCACACCCACUUGACCUCACCAUUAAAAGGCACUUGGGCACCUCAAAGACACUUGUCCAGGAACGCAUCGCCAAUUCCACGCGUCGCUUAUUACAUCAAUUGAGUUCGGGUCUCCCCCUCAAAUCGGGCCCCGAAUGGCCUACCUACGCCUAGAGUCCUUGGGGCACGAAAUCGGCAUCGCAUCCGUCUAGUGACAGGACUAAGCAACAACUUUCUCUCACCAACAAAGUUGGAUCAUGAUUUAAAUUGCGAGAAUUUGGCUUGGAGCUACUGGCGCAAUCGCACGAACUGACGUCCACUGACUGACACCGCCGGCCGUACGUGUAGGCUCAGCCAACCACCAGCCAGCCUGUCCUGUCUCGGCCACUGUCAAACAGCCAGCGGCUUUUGGUGUUGCGAUUGUUUUUCGAUUCGGCCUAGUCGUUCCUAAAUUCCUCCUCGCCAUCGUCCACUUUCGUGUUUGAAGUCAAUGCAGAUCGUCUUGGCCCGGACAGGCCCGAAGACCCUGAGAACCCCCGUCAAAGUCCCAUCAUAUCAUCAUCCUCGGGCCCCUUCGGGCGACAAGUUCGUAGGAUACGGAUAC